AUGGCUCAACCCAGAAUUGAGCAAACUGUGGAACCUGUUCAAACCAACCCUAUUUUCGAAGAAGAAGAAGAAGUCAUCAAGGAACCCGUUCAAUCUCUUAUUACCCAUGAAAAGGAAGUGUUGGAGUCCCCUAUUCUCGAAGUAGAGGAAUCUCUAGAGAAGGAGGUUGAAGUUAGAUCUCCCAAGCCUCGACCAUUUCUUGAUAUCAAUGCUGCGAAUAUUCAUGAUGAUAUUGUCAACCUUCCUCAUCAUUCAGGCGAUUUGUUAGAUAAGAUUCACAAGGUAUGUGAAGAAAUUUUGGAUGAUGAAGAAGAAGGAAAGUAUGAAAGUGAUUCAGAGAAGUAUGGACCCGAGCAAUCAAUGCAAAUUUCAUCUAAUGAAGGAUCAUCUGAUGAUGGUACAAAGCUUAUGAAGUCUAUGACAUCAUUGAUGGGAACUCUUCAGAAGAAUAUGGCUGUAAUGGAAUCCAAUAUGACACUAAAGAAGAACACGUACGAGAUUCAUAUCCUCAACAAGUCAUACACCAAAUUUGGAAAGAACUUCUUCAAACAGAAAACCGAUUUGCUCGACUAUGAAAGGGAAAAGGUCGUUGAACUCCAUAACGAAGUUAUGGAUGGAAUUAGCUUGCUUCGUGAUCAAAUGGUUGAAAUUCAAGGCAAUAUGAGCAGAGCUGAUGCUGAGAGGUUGGAACAGAAUGAUUCCUUUGCAAGGAAGAUUCAAGCUGAAGAAGAUGCUAAAUCGGCUACCGAGAAAGAGAAGAAUCUCAUUACUCAAGGCGAUGACAAUAGCGGUAGAAGAGGUGGUGGUGUUUCAACAGGCACCAGAUCAAAGCGAAAGCCAACCGGUGAUGAUAACAUUAGGCCAAUCAAAAGGGGCGGAGGACAUAGUGGCGAUCGCAGUGGUAGAAGUAGUGGAGGUGAUAGUGGUGGCAGAAGUGGUGGAAGUGGUCGUGGUGGUCGUUCUCUCCCUCUGUUUCGAAACCUUCUAACUGGUAAAGAAUUCAGUUGUCAAGGAUCUCGCUACCCAAUCGAACCACUCGUGAAAAGGGAAGAUAAAUAA